AUGCUAAAUAUGGUAUAUGGUGAUUACCCAACAGGUGAUGAGAGUAGAGUUGCCGGAUAAUAGACCUGAAGAUGAGACCAAAGCCACUUCGACAAAGGAGAUGGAAGAGGUACAGAUUGAUGACAAUGACCCCAGUAAGAAGACACAGAUUGGGACUAAAUUGAACUUGAAAGAAAAAGAAGAGCUUAUAUGCUUUUUGAAGGCAAACAAGGAUGUAUUUGCUUGGACCCCGGUUGAUAUGCCCAGAAUACCCACCUCACUUGCAGUGCACAGAUUAAGCACUAAUCCCUUGAAGAAGCCUGUAGCUCAGAAAAGACACCUAUUUGAAGGAGAGAGGCUAAUGUGCAUUGAUUACACUAAUCUUAAUGAUGCUUGCCCGAAGGACUACCAUCCCUUACCAAGUGUAGAUAAGUUAGUAGAAGCUGCAUCUAGAAAUGAAAGGUUCAGUUUCUUAGAUGCUUACUCAAGGUAUCACCAGGUCCACAUGGUACCCAAGGAUGAGCAUGAGGUUGAACUAGCCAAGUGUGUCUUCAAUGUUGAAUCUGGUAAGUUCCUAGGAUUUAUGGUUUCUAGGAGGGGGAUAGAGGUCAAUCCCAAAAGGAUAAAGGCAAUAAAUGAGAUGAAACCACCGAAGUUAGUCAAGGAAGUGCAACGCCUAACUGGAAAGGUAUACCUCAGUUUACCACCUCUGCUAACCAAGGUUGAAAAGGGUGAGAUUCUUUACCUCUACCUUGGGAUAUUUGACACAACAGAGAAUGCCAACUCAAAGCCAAGUUAUGGACCCUUUACGUCGAUAGGUCAUCUAGCAACAAAGGAUCGACGUAAAAGGUUAGGUGCUGGAGUAGUGUUGACUGGGCCUGAGGGUUUUCAAAGUGAGCACACCUUGAAAUUCAAUUUUGAAGCAACGAAUAACAUAGCUAAGUAUGAGGCGCUGCUCCUCAGACUUUGUUUGGCAGCCAAGUUGAAGGUUAAAUCUUUACAAGUUUACAUUGACUCACAGCUUGUAGUCAAUCAGCUCACCAAAGUCCCAAGAACAGAGAAUGAGCAUGCAGAUUCCUUUUCAAAGUUAGCUUCUAAUAGAUUUGGAGGGAGGUCUGUCUAUGUCGAGGUCCUAGACAAGCGGAGCUUCCAAAGGUUAAAGGUCUACUCGCUUCCUCUCCUCCAUUGUUUGACACCAUAUGAAGUGGAGUUUACCUUAAGAGAAGUCCAUGAAGGUGUGUGUGGCAGUCACUUGGGGGCUCGGACUCUAGCUCACAAGGUAUUCCGACAAAGGUAUGGAAUACCAAACCAAAUCAUUGCUAAUAAUAACCCUCAGUUCAAUUACACUUCUUUCAAGGACUUCUGCUCUAAUUAUGGGAUUAAGUUGGUAUUCACUUCAGUCUAUCAUCUUGAAACAAAUAGAAUGGUCGAGUCUGUUAACAAAAUUAUUUUUGAAAGAAUCAAGCCGAAGUUGGAUCAAUUUAAAGCCAAGUGGGUGGAUGAGCUCAAUAGUGUUCUUUGGGCCUACCAAACCACAAGCCGAACUGCUACAGGCGAAAUGCCUUACCACUUGACUUUUGGAAUCGAGGCAGUUAUCCCUGUCGAAAUUGGUGUCUUGAGCUUGAGAGUUAGCCAUUUCGACCCAGUGCAAAAUGAGCAACUACUCAAGGAAACCUCAAUUUCUUAAACAAAGUCCGCAAGCAAGCUUGAUUUCAGACAUUAGCAUAUAAGUAAAAAGUAGCCAACUUUUACAAUAAACAAGUCCGACCUUG